AUAUCGCAAACGCAGCUCACAGUGCAAAACUCGGCCUUCAUCCUCAUCAUGCACUACUCCCGCGUUAUGCCUCCCUCCGGUGACCGACGCUACUUCCCUUCCACCGCUGUUUUUCUUCACGAGCUCAUUAAGCUGGCCGUCUCCCUGACGCUUGCCCUGUACGAGGCAUCCAAGACGCUGGCUCCCAGCACGCCUGCCACGGUGCUGUUUGAGCAGAUCUACAACGCCAUGUUUGCGGGCGACGGGUGGAAGCUGGUUGUGCCGGGCGUCUUUUAUACGCUGCAGAAUAUCUUGCAGUAUGUGGCGAUUGAGAACCUUGAUGCUGUGCAUUUUCAGGUUCUGUACCAGCUGAAGAUUCUCACCACGGCGCUCUUCAGCGUCUACCUCCUGAGUCGUCCCCUCGGCUUCAAGCGCUGGCUGUCGCUCAUUGUCCUCACGCUGGGCGUCUGCAUCGUCUCUCUCCCCGGCUCGACAACAAAUAUCACCAGCAGAGUCUCCGGAUCCGACUCGCUUCUUUUCCACGGCAUGCCUGAUCACUUCUUCCCCAGAUCUCGCCAUGAACUCGGCCAUCCAGUCAUUGAAGAAGCCCCGGCGCAUCUGACACGCCGCUCCGCGACCUACGAGGGCAUUGACAACGACCUUCACUUCGUCGAGCCCCCAAUGAACUACUCCCUUGGCGUGACUGCAGUUCUCGUCGCCGCAGCUGUCUCUGGGCUUACGGGCGUGUAUUUUGAGAAGCUCCUCAAGGAGAGCCCCACGCAGGCGAGCGUCUGGGUGCGAAACCUGCAGCUGAGCUUUUACUCCAUGAUUGCCGCUCUGUUCGGUGGCGUCAUGUGGCAGGACGGAGCUGGAAUUCGCGAGCAUGGCUUCUUUGAGGGCUACAAUGCGGUUGUAUGGGCGACAAUUGUGUUGCAAGCCGCUGGCGGUAUCUUGGCUAGUCUCGUUAUUCGCGACGCUGAUAAUAUCGUCAAAAACUUUGCGACGAGCAUCAGCAUCAUCCUCAGCUUUCUCGUCAGCGUAUGGGUUUUUGAGUUUGAAGUCACUCUCACGUUCCUCCUGGGCACGAUGCUAGUGCUGCUCUCGACUUACAUGUACAGC